AUGAAUAUUCUUCUUAAUUUUUAUCCACUGACUGUUCUAGCUAUAUUUUCUUCAUUUUAUAUAUUUGUGCUAUCUAUACAUUUCCCAUAUGUAUAUCCAAGAAUAAAACUUGAAGCAAAAAGUAAAGGUGAUGCGGGAGAACCGCUCAUUCUAACGCCUUAUAUAGAAAAAGGAAAUAUUGAACAAGGCCAAAACUUAUCACGUGUAUCAAUUACAGAAAAAAUUGGCAUCACAAGUCAUGCCGGCUUUUUAACUGUUGAUAGUAAAUAUAAUUCUAAUUUAUAUUUUUGGUACUUUCCUACUUUUGAUAAAAAUCGUAAUGCCCCAGUAGUGCUGUGGCUCCAAGGAGGUCCAGGGGGAAGUUCCUUAUUUGGGCUAUUUACAGAAAAUGGCCCUUUAAUGGUAAAAAAAUCCGGAUUUGUUACAAGGAAAUAUCAUUGGGCUCUAAGAUACAACCUACUCUUCAUUGAUAACCCAGUAGGAACAGGAUUUAGCUUCACAAAUGAUGAUAUAGGAUACUGUGAAGAUGAACAAUGUGUUUCGAAAGGCUUGUAUAAUGCUUUGCAACAGUUUUUUAAACUUUUCCCACGUCUACAAUCAAAUGAUUUUUAUAUAACUGGAGAAUCUUAUGCUGGAAAAUAUAUUCCAUCUUUGGCUAUGGAAAUUCAUAAAGAUAACGUGAUCAGUAAACAAAAAAUAAACCUUAAAGGUAUGGCAUUGGGCAAUGCAUACUGUGACCCUGUCACUCAAAUGGACUAUGAUGCAACAGAUAUGGAUAUGUAUAUAAAUUUAUUGAAUAAUGACCAAAUACGAAGAAGUGUUCAUGUUGGAGGACUGCCCUUUCAUUCUGGGAAAGAAGUAGAAAUACAUUUAGCGUAUGAUAUAUUAAAAUCAGUCGCUAGUUAUGUCGCAGAAUUAUUAUCACAUUAUCGUCUUCUAUUUUACAAUGGGCAAUUAGAUAUAAUUGUAGCAUAUCCUUUAACUGAAAACUUUUUGUGGAGCUUAAACUUUUCAUCUGCUAAUGAAUAUAAAAAGGCAAGUAGAAAAAUAUGGAAAGUACAAAAUGACUUAGCUGGUUAUGUCAAAAAAGCAGGCAAUCUUACAGAAGUGAUGGUCAGGAAUGCAGGUCAUAUGGUUCCUCAUGAUCAGCCCAAAUGGGCAUAUGAUCUUAUAACAAAGUUUAUAAGCAAUAAAUUG